AAUAAACCGUGCUAAUCUGUCUUUGUGUUAUGACAAAGAUUUUCCCGCUUUCAGUCGCGCAAUUAGGGCUCACUGAAGUGUAGACAUGGAAGUGCCUUGCUACAUGCCCAAACUACUGUUUGAGCUCAAUGAGCAGCGUAAGCGGGACUUCUUCUGUGACUGCAGCAUCCUCGUCGAAGGCCGUGUCUUCAAGGCUCAUCGUAAUGUGUUGUUUGCUGGGAGCGGCUAUUUCCGGGCUCUUCUGGUUCACUAUCUGCAGGAUAAUGGACAGCGCUAUAGCACAGCAUCGUUGGACAUUGUGACAGCUGAUGCCUUCUCCAUUAUCCUGGACUUCCUUUACUCUGGCCGCUUGGCACUAAACAGAAGCAAUGUCAUUGAGGUGAUGUCAGCAGGAAGCUACCUGCAGAUGACUGAUCUGGUAAACUUCUGUAAGGGGUACAUCCGCUCAUCUUUGGAAAUAUGCAACAAGGAGAAGGAGAGGAACACUGAGAAGGAGAACCAGGCACAGGAUGGAGCCAUGGGUCCUGCAGACAGCGGCACUCCUGCUGCAACAAUCUCCAGUGCUGCGGGGGCUGCAGAGCCUCACUCUCAGGCUGCAGAGGCAGAAAGAGGGUCUGGUUUAGGCCCAGAGUCUGUGACCUCGGCUAGAACCCCCUUGUCUAUCCCUGUCACCACAACUCCGGGCGCCAGCCGGGACAUGGACAGCGACUACCAUUCCAGGGAGGAGUUUGCAUCGGGGAAUGAAGGACAGAAAGGACACAUGGAUCAGACUAACCUCUCAUCCUCUUCAUCAUCUGCUUUGACCCCGGAGUUAGUGCACCCCAAGAUAGAGUACGACCCCGAUGAGGAGCUCAUGGAGUCCCCUGACACCAAAGACCUGGCCUCAUAUCCUGGGCCCUCUCUCCAUAACCCUCAUCAUAGCAGACUUCUUCCUCCCUCCCCCUCCAAUGAGCGCUCUCCCUUGGGAUACAGCCCUUCCUAUAAUGCCAGGCAGCUGAUGGAGAUGCUGGCCAGAGGUGAAGGUCCCAGUCCUCUGGGGGAAAGAGUGGGGCAGCGUUUCAGCCAAGGACUGGGUGGCAGCACAGGAGGUCGAAUGGACGAAGGUUUAGGGUUUGUGGGAUCAUCUAUCAUGGAGAUCCAGUCUGAUUGGCUUGGAGAGGACACAG